AUGGACACAGUUAGAGUUAAUUAUGGUUUGGAUGGAUUCGAAUUAACAUAUCCAUCAUCAUUUAAAGGGGCAAUAGAACCAACUGAAUUUGAAACUACUAUUCGUACUUUAAAUUCAAAAGUAGGAGAAAUUAAAAUUCCCAAAAUAUCAUAUAUUUUUGUUAUACCACUUUUGGUUGGAAUCAUUAUGCUAUUUAUGUACAUGAAUGAAAACCAAACAAAAACUGUGAUAGGUGGUAUCAUCAUGUCAAUUGGUUUAGUGGGUGGUGCUUUUUUUUCAAUUCAACAUGCAGUCGCCGUAAAUUCCAGAUUAAAUGGCGAAAUAAAAACUAUAAACGAACAUUUUUCAGAAAGAAGAAUUUCAUGGUCAGUAAAAUCAGAAACAAUUUAUGAGGAGGUGGAUAUUGAUGAAUAUGAAUUCCAUAAAAGCAAUAAAGCAUACAGAAACUCACUUUCAUUUGACCACAAAGGAAAACCAAUGAAAAAAAAAACAAGAAAAUACCUAUUGAUUACUUUUCCAGCACAAACCCAACAAACCCAACAGGAUUUACCACAAUUUACUUUUAUACCAGAUAGCGGUAAUAUGAAUAAUAUAUAUGAUAGCAAUAUAAAUAAUAUGGAUUAUAAUAAUAAUUUUAAUAAUAAUAAUUUUAAUAAUAUGAACUUUACAAAUAAUAAUAAUAAUAAUUUUAAUAAUAAUUACCAUUAA